CAGAGGAGACGCCAUGACCGCCACCCUCACAGCCUUGCUUUGCUUUGGGCUGAGUCUGGGCCCCAUGACCUGCGUGCAGGCAGGUACUCUCCCCAAGCCCACCCUCUGGGCUGAGCCAGGCUCUAUGAUCAGCUGGAGAAGCCCCGUGACCAUCUGGUGUCAGGGGACCCUGGAGGCCCAGGGGUACCAUCUGUAUAAAGAGGGAAGCCCAGAGCCCUGGGACACACAGAACCCACUGGAGCCCAGGAACAAGGCCAGAUUCUCCAUCCCAUCCAUGACACAGCACCAUGCAGGGAGAUAUCAGUGUUACUAUUACAGCCCUGCAGUCUGGUCAGAGCCCAGCGACCCCCUGGAGCUGGUGGUGACAGGAGCCUACAGCAAACCCACCCUCUCAGCCCUGCCCAGUCCUAUGGUGACCUCAGGGGGGAACAUGACCCUCCGAUGUGGCUCACAGAAGGGAUAUCACCAUUUUAUUCUGAUUGAGGAAGGAGAACACCAGCUCCCCCGGACCCUGGACUCACAGCGGCUCCACGGUCGGUGGUUCCAGGCCCUGUUCCCUGUGAGCCCCGUGACCCCCAGCCACAGGUGGACAUUCAGAUGCUAUGGAUACUACAGGAACACCUCCCUGGUGUGGUCCCGCCCCAGUGACCCCCUGGAGAUUCUGGCCUCAGGCGUGUCUAUGAAGCCCUCCCUCCUGACGCUGCAGGGCCCUGUUGUGGCCCCUGGAGAGAACCUGACCCUCCAGUGUGGCUCUGAUGUCGGCUACGACAGAUUCGCGCUGUACAAGGACAGGGGACGUGACUUCCUCCAGCGCCCUGGCCGGCAGCCCCAGGCUGGGCUCUCUCAGGCCAACUUCACCCUGGGCCUUGUGAGGGGCUCCCACGGGGGCCAGUACAGAUGCUACGGUGCACACAACCUCUCCUCCGAGUGGUCGGCCCCCAGUGACCCCCUGGACAUCCUGAUCGCAGGACAGAUCCCUGGCAGACCCUCCCUCUCGGUGCAGUUGUGGCCCACAGUGGUCUCAGGAGAGAAAGUGACCCUGCUGUGUCAAUCACAAGAGUGGAUGCACACUUUCCUUCUAACUAAAGAGGGGGCAGCCCAUCCCCUGCUGCGUCUGAGAUCAAAGUACGGAGCUCAUAAGUACCAGGCUGAAUUCCCCAUGAGUCCUGUGACCUCGGCCCACAUGGGGACCUACAGGUGCUACGGCUCACUCAGCUCCGACCCCUACCUGCUGUCUCACCCCAGUGGCCCCCUGGAGCUCGUGGUCUCAGCCUCACACCUUCAGGAUCACACAGUGGAGAAUCUCAUCCGCAUGGGCGUGGCUGUCUUGAUCCUGGUGGUCCUUGGGAUUCUGUUAUUUGAGGCUUGGCACAGCCAGAGAAGCUUCCAAGAUGCAGCCGGGAGGUGA